AUGAGGCCGGUCAGCGAUGGUCGGUGUCGCGUAAUAAGCACGGCUUCUGUGGCCGCAUUCGAUGGACAGACGGGCCAGUCGGCAUAUUCGGCGUCAAAAGGUGCGAUCGUCGGAAUGACGCUUCCACUAGCCAGAGAUUUCGCCGAUGAUGGGAUUCGAUUCAUGGCGAUUGCACCCGGCCUUUUUGACACACCACUGCUUUCUGGGCUUCCGGAAAAGGUCGAGUAUCGCCCAGGCUCACCAUCCUCGGGGUGCGGAACAUUCCUUUCUCAACUGGUUCCCAAUCCAUCAAGAAUGGGAACACCUGAAGAGUUUGGUGCGUUGGUGCAACAUAUCAUCCAGAAUCGCUACCUGAAUGGAGAGGUGAUCCGCCUCGAUGGCUCGCUUCGCAUGCCGCCAUAA